AUAGGCAAAUGUCAUAAUGAUCGGUACUGCGCAGUAUUUAACAUGCAUGUUUUUCAUAAAUUGUAAAAUCGUUUAAUUUCAAAGACAUUGAUUGUCUACGUUGAACAAUACAAAAUGGAAAUUUUGCUGGUUGUGUUAGUUAUCAUAAAUGUUUUCUAUGCUGACGCAACACUAUGUAAGACCUCAUACGGCAUGAAGGACUGCGCCUAUGGAUGCUGUACAAACGAAAACACCAAAAUAGUCUCCUGCUGUGGGCCAGAUACUUGGGUCUUAGUUUUAGCCUUGGUUCCCACUGUUCUGUUUGUAGUCAUUAUGAUCACCAUUGCCUGCUGCUUCUAUCAUAAAGCAUCAAAGAAUGCAAGGAAGAUUCGCGAUGAUCUAUACAAUGAUGAGACCAAAAUACGUCCAAUUGACGACCAUCACAAUUUGUAUGGAAGGCAUGAGAAGUACUCGUCACGGAAAGUAUCCUCCAAUGAGAAGUUUUAAAGCCAGCUUGUGUCGUGCCAUUUACAAGUGAACACAUAUGUACUUAUUACUAUACGUAGUUUAUGUUGUCAAUUGUUGACGACCUUUUUAACGAGUAAUAAGAAACUUAAAGUUCGUUUAUAUUAAUUAAUUUAGUAUAAUUUCAUAUCUUAAAGAAAACCGAAUCGAAAAAGUUGUUUAAAUGAAUGAAACAUAAAUAAAUCUUCCUCUUGAAACACGCGCUCAAAGUUUAUACAGUUGAGUAAAUGGUAUACAUUCGGUGUCUAAAAUGUGACUUAAGAAUAAAAUAGGCAAAUCAGCCAAACCACA